GAGUUACAGAAGAGAAGCUGGACAAGGCACUAGGACCUAGAAGGCAUCUAUCCACCCUGGCAGGAAUUUCUUGCUUGGAGCUCAGACAACAAAGGCAUAGAGAGAUUGGUUUUCUUUCUCUCAGCAUCUCCACCCAACCAGCAGAAAAACCGGUCUCUGAAGUUCCACCAAAAUAUGGAACUUGAUUUUGGACACUUUGACGAAAGAGACAAAGCAUCCAGGAACAUGCGAGGCACACGGAUGAAUGGGCUGCCUAGUCCCACGCACAGUGCCCACUGUAGCUUCUACCGAACCAGAACCUUGCAGGCACUGAGCAAUGAGAAAAAGGCCAAGAAGGUACGUUUCUACCGCAAUGGGGAUCGCUACUUCAAGGGGAUUGUGUACGCUGUGUCCUCUGACCGUUUCCGCAGCUUUGAUGCUUUGCUGGCUGACCUGACUCGAUCUCUGUCUGACAACAUCAACCUGCCUCAGGGAGUGCGUUAUAUUUACACCAUUGAUGGAUCCAGGAAGAUCGGAAGCAUGGAUGAGCUAGAGGAAGGGGAAAGCUAUGUCUGUUCCUCAGACAACUUCUUUAAAAAGGUGGAGUACACCAAGAAUGUCAAUCCCAACUGGUCUGUCAAUGUAAAGACAUCAGCCAAUAUGAAAGCUCCCCAGUCCCUGGCCAGCAGCAACAGUGCCCAGGCCAGAGAGAAUAAGGACUUUGUGCGCCCCAAGCUGGUGACCAUCAUCCGCAGUGGGGUGAAGCCUCGGAAGGCCGUGCGUGUGCUUCUGAACAAGAAGACGGCCCACUCUUUUGAACAAGUCCUCACUGAUAUCACUGAAGCCAUCAAACUGGAGACCGGGGUAGUUAAGAAACUCUACACUCUGGAUGGAAAACAGGUAACCUGUCUCCAUGAUUUCUUUGGUGAUGAUGAUGUGUUUAUUGCCUGUGGUCCUGAAAAAUUUCGCUAUGCUCAAGACGACUUUUCUCUGGAUGAAAAUGAAUGCCGAGUCAUGAAGGGAAACCCAUCAGCCACAGCAGGCCCAAAGGCAUCCCCAACACCUCAGAAAAAUUCUGCCAAGAGUCCUGGCCCUAUGCGCAGAAGCAAGUCUCCAGCUGACUCAGCAAACGGAACCUCCAGCAGCCAGCUCUCUACCCCCAAGUCUAAGCAGUCUCCCAUCUCUACGCCCACCAGUCCUGGCAGCCUCCGGAAGCACAAGGAUCUGUACCUGCCUCUGUCCUUGGAUGACUCGGACUCACUUGGUGAUUCCAUGUGAAGGGGGAGAGAAAAUAUUCAGUCCAGAGUACAAAGCCAAGCCUACUGCGACAGUAGGGUACUUUUGCUCAAGUGUCCAACAGGGCUAUUGGUGCUUUCAAAAUAUUAUUUUUUGUUGUUAUUAUUUUUCAAAACACACUGUAGUAUGUUGGGUUUAUUUUCCUGUGAUUUCUCCUCUGGGCCACUAUCCACAGUUACCAAUUAUGAGAGAUAGAUUGAUAACCAUCCAUUGUGGUAUCUUUCCAGGGAUGCAAAAUGUGCUAAUCCAUGACCUUUCUACUGAAUGACUAUAUACCUUCAUUGUCUUACUUUUCUUCUAAACAGCAGCCUUCUUUCUGUAGAGGGUUGUUUACCUGAAUAGCACUUAAAAUGUUUGUAUGAGAGAAAAGUCAUUGGCAGAUCUAAGAGUGACAAACACAAGUGCCCCUUGUCUUUGGAACUUAAGCAUGCUGGAGGCUUUCAGGAGCAUGGCAUGGUAGCUCCCCAACCUUGCCACUCACUUCUGAUGGAGCCCCAGUUUGUUGGUGAGCACCAACUCUGGCUGUCAAAGGGGAGAAACACCAGCAACAUAAUUAUGACACCAGAUACUUAGGACUACGGUGCAGGAUUAGUUAAAAGAGGUAAGGCAGAACUGGAAAUGCAGAUAUUUCAGUAGAGUUUGUAAAGCACAGUGAAUUCCUGGUCAACCUCUCCACUAAGGCAAUUUUGGAAUCAAUAAGCAAUUGAUGAGUCUGGAAUAAAGGAUGUCAUAUACUUGAUUCCUCUAGGAGGCUGUCUAACAUAGCAAGUUAUGUACUACAUGAACAUUGCGGUAUCUAUCUAUCUCUGUUCUAUUGAAUGCCUUGUAAACAGCCAAUACUGAAAACACUGUGAAAAUUUGUUUUCAGGUCUGACACCUUUCAGUCGCUUUUUAUAGCAAGAAACCAGUACCCUUUUUAUAUAAACUCAUGUCUGUAUUUCAGGAGCAAACUCUUCAGGCUUCUUUUUUAUAAACUGGUGAUUUUUCCUUUGUCUAAAAAACACAUGCAGAAAAUUUACCAAAAAAA